AUGAUGGGGCAGGGCUGGGGGAGGCCAGCCAAGGCAAGGUCGAGGUUCAAGGUCAAGGUUGCGUCGAGUCGAGUCGGAGUCGAGUCGAGCAGCAAGUUGAUGUCUCAACGGGAUGUCCCUCCUGCUGGGCCGUUGACCUGUGCCUUCUUCAGCGGCAGCGGCAAAGGCAAGGUCACCGGGAAGGGAAGGGAAGGGGGCACGCAGGACGCAGGACGCAGAAGCAGCAGUACGCAGGCCGUGGUAGACCCAGACUUGCAGACUGGUAGACUGGGAACAGAGGAGGAGGAGGAGGAGGAGAAGAAAGAAGACAAGGUCGUCGACGAGGGCCCAGGACGAGGGGCGGCACUGAAACGGUUUGAUAAGAGCAAACGAGCACAGUUCAGGAUACCAGGUCCAGGGCCUUUUGCUGCUGUUGCAGUAGUGUAG